AUCCAAAGGAAAUGAGGAGGAACUAUUUUAGAAAGUUGGAGUUUAAGCUGGACAUGCUGUCUCUGCUACCAUUAGAUCUCCUGUACUUUGCUGUAGGGUUCAACUCAUUACUGCGGGCACCAAGGUAUUUUAAGAUCAAGACAUUUCUAGAGUUCUACAACCGCUUUGAUCAAGCUGCCAAAUCUCCCCAUUUAAUUCGUGUUGCCAAGACGAUGACGUACAUGGUGUAUCUGAUCCACGUAGAGACAUGUGGUUACUAUGCGGUGUCUGUCUAUGAGGGAAUAGGGAGCAAUAAAUGGGUGUACAAUGGCGAGGGGAACGCGUACGUGAGAUGUUUCUACUUGGCCACCAAGACAUCGACAUCUAUUGGUAACAACCCUACACCCACCAACACUCUGGAGUACGUGUUUAUGACUGUCUACUGGCUGUCAGGGGUCUUUGUCUUUGCCUUGCUGAUAGGACAGAUUCGUGACAUCUAUCAGGCCUCGGGGAAGGUGAAGAGUGACUUUCGUGAGCAGAUGAGCACUGUGUUGAACUAUCUUCAGAACUCUGGGGUGCCUAAACAAGUGCAGAAUAAAGUCCGCUCCUGGUUCACCUUCAGCUGGGAAUCACAGAAAACCCUGGAUGAGAAUGAACUGCUGCGGGCACUGCCCAAUAAGAUGAUGGCUGACCUGGCAAUAAGUGUGCACUAUGAGACACUAAGUAAAGUGCAGCUCUUUCAGGACUGUGAGAAGCAGCUGUUAUUUGACCUGGUGUUAAAGUUAACUCCAGUGCUGUAUCUACCUGGGGAUUAUAUCUGUAAGAAGGGAGAAGUAGGCACAGAGAUGUACAUCCUGAAGCAAGGGCAGGUGGAAGUGGUCAGUGCUGAUGGCUUGGUACUGGCCACACUCAGCGAGGGAAGUGUCUUUGGGGAAAUCAGUCUUCUGGCCCUUGCUGGUGGUAAUCGCAGGACAGCUGAUGUUCGCUCCAAGGGUUUCUCCAACUUGUUCAUCCUCUCCAAGGAAGACUUCAAUGCAGCAAUGAGUGACUACCCCAAGGCUCAGAAGAUAUUAAAGAAAAAAGCAGUGAAAUUGCUUCAUCAGAAUGCUAAACUCCAGAAUGACCAGGGGGAAACAGAAGCCACAGAAAUAAUUAAGGAAAGGGAAGGCACACCUCGACUUCUUAAGACAGUCAUUCAGGUGAGUGGUGGGUCAAUACUCAGCAGCAGAAACUGGUCAAACAGUCCCUUUUUUACUACAUGCCAGACUGCAGUUUUUAACAUUGGGAUCAUACGGAUAAUUCAUAUUCACCCUUCAGACUCUACCACAGCUACAGUCAUACAUUCCUUGGUUGUUCAGCCAGAUUCCAAAGUGGCCCAAAUGCUGACCAAGCCUAGUUCUAAGGGCAAAGGCAAGGGAAAAACUUCUGGGGGAAAGGACUCAGAGAAGAAUGGACAAAAAGGCUUAGAAUUACGUCCAACUCAAACCCUGAAGACAAUCAAAACAAUGGCUCAUGGGGAAAAUGGGGAAAUCACCUUGAAGAUAAAGAGCACUGUUCAAUCUGAGAAUUCAGAGAAUUCUUUAAAAGAAGAGGAUGAGCUUUCAACUCCAUUUGCAUCACCGGGAUCAGAUGUCAAGCCACUUUUGAAACAGGAAAGCAGGCAAGAAUCUGGACUGACAAAAGCAGACAGUUCCAGUGAUAGUACUGACUCAGGUCUCCCAGGCACUCAGGAGAUGACACAUGACCGUCACCAAGACAACCUCACGCUAACAGUCACUGACCUGACAGCCCUCAGUGACCAGUUAGAUACUGCAGAACAAAAUACUUCUGUGGAAACAACAAAGACGUUACCCAAGCGCCCAAACACAGCUCCUGUAAAGAGUGUUCGCACUACAUGGUCUAACCCCAAGUCCAGCUCUGACACCAACAUCACAUACCUGCCCAACAUUCCUGACUGUGGAGAAGACACUACUACUAAGAAUACCAUCACCUGCAGAGUGGACGUCCACCAUGAGAAGAGUUGGUCACCAUCAAUAUGUGGUCAAGUAGCAGACAAGGGGAUAGAUAACUUUGCAUUUAUUGAAUCCUUCAGUCACAGUAGUCACUUGAAAGAGGCUGCUGAGGCGGAAACAGAAUUCUGAGGACUGCAUCAAAAUAAAAAUGCUGAACUUAGACAAUUGUUAUUCACAAAAAAUGUCUUUGUAUCUCUUCAUGUAAAACUAAUUCCUUACACCAAAUUCACUGUCUAGACAAUUUAUGUAAACCAAACAAUAUCACAAUUUUGUAGCAGGAAAUCCUCAACACAUGAUUUUUCUCACACAAUUCUGAAUGAAAUGUACAGAUGGGUUAGGCAGUAUUCACUUAAUCUAUAUUUUAAUCAUAUAAUACAAAUUUAUAAGUUGAUAUUAUGAUUGGAUAUUUCUGAGGUUUAUAACUUAAACAGACACUGCAGAAUGUAUCAAUUUAAAACUUUAGUUUUUUAAUCUCAAACAAAACCCGUUGCACUGACUUCACUUUGAUAGAAGCAGAAAGCAAGAACAUUGUAUCACACAAAGUCUUUGGAACUAUAACUAAUUUGUGAUGUUCUGGAAAGCAGUGACAAGAACAUUUCAAAUGCUCAAAUUGCAGUCAUAUUUAUUCUAUAAUUGGGAUUUAAAAAAUAAGAUGUCAAUAUUCAGGACGGUAUCAAUUGUCUUUAAAUAUUUUUCAGUAAAAAUGAUAUGUAGAUAUCACGGUGACUCAGUACACUAUGUGAGCAUGUUACAGGAAGAUGAACAUGUAGAUCCUACAGCUUGUAUGUAUUCAUGGUACUUAGUGCACUAAAAUGAAUAAAUAAACAUGUAGAUCCUACCGCUUAUAUUGUGACUGAACAGUAAUUAAGUAACAAACUUAAGUUAACAUUUGGUAAGGAUCACUCAUAAGAUUAAUGAAUGGAAUAUAAAUUUCAAAAAGAGAAAAGCAUGUUUAAAUAACAAAAACAAGAUACACAUUUAUACUAGUAUUUCCAUUGGAGGUAAAGGCAUAUAUUGGUCACAUUUUUGAGCUUAAGCUCAAUGCAUGAUAACCUAGUUUCAGAAAACAGACUAUUUUCCUGUCAGUUGGUAUGAACACUUUCUCACACAAUACAAAGUGUUUUUUGUGUAAAUUUACUACCUGUACCUGUACAUUUAACACAUCUGAUAAACAGUAGUAUGCAGCAAAAUAACUACAAUUAACUUGGGUACAUACAGACAUUAAACUUUUUAAUUUAUUAUUUAUUAUAAGUGAAUCACUAAAUCACAUCAUGAACACUAAGAAACUCUAACAACAUGAAGCCAAACUGAUUCACUUAAGGGUAUUCCAAAUUACUUAAGAAAAUGCAAAAUUAAAUUGAUAAAACACAAAACAUGAACAUACACCACAUUUGUGUUUUCAAUACUCUGGUAUGUAAAAGAGGGCAGUUUCAGAUACAUAUUAUCAUAUAGACUUGGGAGACAUUAUCAAGAAAUUACAAAACAAAACAUCUAAAACAUUAUGUGAUCAUGCAAUAAAUGAGGAAUAUUCAUACAACUAGAUAAAUUCUUUUCCUGGUAACAAUAUUUAGAAUACCCUCUGUUAAAAAAAUUAUAUAUAGUGCAUUGGGCAUUCUUCAAAUUAAAUUAUUUUUAAAAAUUUUGAUUACAUAUUAAAAAUGUAUCUCUUAAAAAAACAAAAUUCUAUCUGGGGAGAAAAUACAAGUGAUUCAAACAUAGAAAUAAGACUACCACUGAUAAUAUGAGUGGUGAAAAUCUUCCUUUCUUUUUCAUCCUCUCCAACAAUAAACAUCACUACCGCUGUAACAUCACCUCUUCUCUGACUCUUCCUCACUGUAUUCUUCUUCAUCGUCUUCUUCAUCUUCAUCGUCAUCUUCCUCGUCUUCAUCAUCUUCAUCAUGCAUAG